CGUGGUGCUGACCGCAGGCGCGGCCCUCGCUCGGCCGCUGCGCACGCGUCCCGGGCGGGGCGCGCAGGACCCGGCGCCGCCACUGCGCAGCCUCCCGCGCGCCCCGCUCCCGGCUCCCGGCUCCCGGCUCCCGGCUCCCGGCUCCCGGCUCCCGGCUCCCGGCUCCCGGCUCCCGGCUCCCGGCUCCCACCGGCCGCGCCGCGCCUCGCCAUGGCGCUCAACCAGUUCCUGCUCGCGCAGUGCGCCUGCUACCUCUUGGCCUUCCUGUUCAGCUUCGUGGCGGUGGUGCCGCUGGCGGAGAACGGCCACGACUUCCGCGGCCGCUGCCUGCUCUUCACCGAGGGCCUGUGGCUCAGCGCCAACCUGACGGUGCAGGCGCGCGAGCGCUUCACGGUUCAGGAGUGGGGCCCGCCGGCCGCCUGCCGCUUCGGCCUGCUCGCCGGCCUCCUCUCGCUGCUGCUCGCCGCCGCGCUCGCCUGGCGCGCGCUCUUCUUCCUCUGCAAGGGCCACGAGGGCUCCUUCCUCUACGCCUUCCUGAACCUGCUGGUCAGCGCCUUCAUCGUCUUCCUCGUCUUCAUCGCCAGCACCAUCGUGAGCGUGGGCUUCACCAUGUGGUGCGACGCCGUCACCGAGAAGGGCUCGGUGCCCCACAGCUGUGAGGAGCUCCAGGACAUCGACUUGGAGCUGAACCUGGACAACUCUGCCUUCUACGACCAGUUUGCCAUUGCCCAGUUCGGCCUCUGGGCCUCGUGGCUGGCCUGGCUGGCCAUCACCGUCCUGGCCUUCGUCAAAGUCCACCACAACUGCCGCCAGCAGGACCUGCUGGACAGCCUGGUCCACGAGAAGGAGCUGCUGCUGGCGCGGCCGGGCGCGCGCACCCCGGCGCAGGAGGAGAAGAGCGCAGUCAUCUAGGCUGGGGGGGGGGGGCGGGGGAGCGGCGCCCCCAUGGCCUGGGGCGCUCGCCCUGUCCCGGAGCGGCUGGCGGGUCUGCCUGGGCCCACCCCGCGCCCGCCGUGCAGCCUUGCAUGUCUCCCCUCGGCACCGUGCGUCUGAGCCACCCUGCUCACCCAGCGCCCCGACUCCCACCGACUGUGACUGGGUGGGGGUGGGGGGGCAGCACAGAGGGCCGGGGCUUCGAGGACCUGCCCAGUGAGACCUGGCUGGCGAGGCCGGGGGAGCGCCCACCUUCUCAGACCCCUGACCCUCAGGUCCAGGCCCUGUCCCCACCCGGCAGAGGUGUGACUGCUUGCUUCGUGGCAGCCCCAGAGCGACUCCACCAGCCCUGACGCCCACAGGACACCCUUGCCAAUGGCUCCUGAGAGGUGUGGGGGACAAGCACCCCGUGACCUGGAGGCGGGCGAGUGCAGGAAGGAGCUCACAUGGGGCCCCACCUUCUGACCCCCGGCCCUCCCAGGGCUGUGUCCCCUCUGUUCCUGCUCCAGGGCCUCUGGGUGUCCAGGCCUGGUCUCGGCUUUGAAAGUGCAGGGACAGGCGUGUUGGCCUGGACUCAGGUGAUGGCCUGGGGGUGGCCGCAGUGCCGGGUUGGGGGUGGGGAGCCCCUGUGGCUGUGCCCCAGCAUUUGCCUCACUGUGUGUGGGCUGGGCCUGUGCUGGAGGAGGGAGGGGCCAGGUGCCGCUGCACAUGUCUGCGUGUGCAUGUAAGGCUGUGCAUGUAUGUGAUAUUAGUGCACAUAUGACAUGAGUGUGUGCACAUAAGAGUGUGCGCGUAUGAGAGUGCCAUACACUACUGUGUGUGUGCAGUGUGAGUGCGUGUGAGUGAGCAUUGAACAUGUACAAGUGUGUGUGCCCGUGAGUGUGCAUGUGCACUGUGUGUGCAGUGUGCGCGCGUGUGAGCAUGCACGGGACGGGGGGGCAAGACCAGAGCAGGUGUGGACGUGCGGUGUGCUGGGCAGCUCCCUGCAUCUCCAUCCACCGGGGAGCCCGGUGCCCCUGCAGGGGGGGCGGGGGGCUGCCUUCCUAUCCGAGGCGCCGCCCCCGAGGACACGGCACCGCCCACACAGCGCACGUGGAGCAGCUGCUCCAGGGGCUUCCCGCCUUCCACCCCCCUCCGUGUCCGGCCCAGGAGGGCACCCGGGUAAGAGCACCCACUCCGGGCUCCAAGCACCGUCAGCUUCCUCAGCUGCCCCCGAGCUGCUAAGCUUGCUUCGCUGCUGCCCCCUCCCCGGAAGCAAGACCCGCUCCCCACUCCUGCCCUCGAUGCGGUGACGGUCUGUUUCCCAUACGAGGGGCCCGGGGCCUGCAGAGCCGUGGGCCUGGGCCUGGGUCAGGGGCCGGAGAGGGUGCGGUGUAGACUGGGCUGGGGAAGUGCCCGCCGGCCACCUGCCGUGAUGCUGCUGUGCUGGCUGGUGUCCCGGGGAGGCGGGACCAGGUGAUGGGGUGUCCUGGGGGCAGAGCCCGCUUGGGUUCCAGGCAGAGCAGCGGGACUGGGAGAGGGUUUGGGCGGAACCUGAGAACCCUGAGCGGAUCUCUGGCCCCGGCCCAGCCUGGCAGCCCUAGUGCGCCGGCCAUGGGGACCCUUCCUCGCCCCUGCGCCCCGCGUCUGUCCCUGGCAGAGGGCGGGGGGCUCUGCCCGCACCCCAUCCAGGCAGCAGCCAGCUGGGCGGGAAGGGGGAACCCACGGGUCCGCCCAGGCUUCAGGGGCCCUGUGGGUCCUGGAGCUCGUCUGGGCGGCCCCUCGAUCCGCCCGCAGCGCCCGGCGUCCACUCCCUGCAGGUCCUGUCUCCGCCGGCUGCGCCCGGCGCCUCCCGGAAGGGGCGCUGGCCCGGAGCGGGGCCUGGACAGGAGCGGUGCCCCCGCCUCGGGCAGGGAAGGCCCCCCCCCCACUCCGCGCACGGGAAGGGCAGGUGGGUCCCGGGGCUCCGACGUGGGGGGGGGGGGGGCACCCAUCGCUUCUCCCUGCUGUUUGAUAACGGAUUCCGUGUUUUAAUUCUACUUCUGGCUAAACUCGAAAGUAAAAGCUCUUCAACUUAAA